AUGGGGCUUAUAGGUCUCAAGAUUGGGGUAUGGCUGCAUGGGGCUUACAGUUUAGAGAUGGCUAAAGAAUGCUCAGAUGACGAUGACGAUAAAACCGUAACCUGCUUCAAUAUCUUAGAUCGAAGAACUGUGGGACAAAUUGACCAUGUGUUUGACAGAACACAUGUUGUUCUAUGUAGUGGAUUGGACUUGACAUGUAGUGCUGUUGAUUCAUGCGCCCUUUUGAAUGAUAUUGCUAUUAUAGAAUCAUCAAAGACUGUGACCUCGAAUAGAUAUGAGUCCCUUUCAGAUGGCAUGCUGUUGGAUAAUCGGGAUGUUAGGAGCAGUCUUCAGGGCCAAUAUGUUGGAAAAUAUGAGCAAUGUAUCGACAAAAUCAUGCAUAAUGAAAAAGUCAUGGAGUUCAACUUUGAAACCUUGUGUAUAGCACUUGGUGAGUUAUAG